UAAGCAUGAGUGGGUGGCAUAGAGCAGCAGGCAGGGACUGGGAGAGCAGCGCUGACCUGAGGCUCAUGCGAGCCUUUACAGAGGGGGACAGGGGACCUGCCAGCAUCCAGGAGGACCACGACCAUGCGGGAUGCUCUCGGGAGCAGGAGGGAUCCGGGAGCGAGCUGACCCUCGCCUGCAGGAAUUGGCUUCCCACCUGCUCACAGCCUCGAGGAAGCAUCCCAUCCAUCCGGGGUGUUGUGAGGAGAAAGACAGGAGGUGGCUCGGAGCCCUGGCGUGUGAGGGCAGGCAGGGGGACAGCAGGCUUCUCCUCUUGCCUUCCCUGGAGAUUUGGGAUCACGCAGAGACCAUGAAUGGAUCCUUUUUCAACCAGACUCUCCUAGAGCAGGGAGCUUACCCCAACAGGACCCAGGGCUUGGGGAUGCUCAUGGCCUGCUGCAAUGGGACCAGCUCGGUGCUGGCGACCGGCGGUGGCUCUUCGGUGCUGGCACCUGAUGAGAGGAGCCUUUACAUCACGCGGGUGGUGCAGAUCGCGGUCCUCUGCGUCCUCUCCUUGACUGUCAUGUUCGGCAUCUUCUUUUUGGGCUGCAACUUGCUCAUCAAGUCCGAGAGCAUGAUUAACUUCCUGGUGAAGGACCGGAGACCUUCCAAGGAUGUGGGAGCUGCAAUCAUGGGACUUUACUAAAGCCACCGGGCUUUUGUAGGCAAGUGAACUCUAUGGACCUGGUGCCGAGAUGCACAUUCCCAUGUGUUUGGGGGGAGCGAAAAAGGGGGAGACAGGGGUCUUUUAAUAUGUCUGUGUCUAUGGGCAAGUCAAUCUGUGCUUCCCAGUCAACAAACUGUCCUGGUGACUGGGGAGAUCACCCCAGAGCUGUCUGAAGCACAAUAACUGAGCAGCAUUGUGUUGCAUGCAGAAA